AUGGGUAACUGUUGCAAAGGUCAAUACUCCACUCCGGUGACGGGAUGCAGCGAUCGGAGGACUCCGCCGUUGAAGAACCACCGUCAGAGAAGGCACGAAGAAGGCAGUUCUUGUUGUUCUAAAGAGACUAAUUUGAGAGAGGUGAAAAUAAGGAUGACGAAGAAGGAGCUAGAAGAAUUGGUUGGAUGGUUAAACAUGGCGGAUUCUAGCUUCGAACAUGUUAUGGCUCGCCUUGUCAACGUUAUCAACGAUCAAAAUGGUGAUAAUAAUAAUGACCAGGUUGUGAAAUUGCGUCAGCAACGUUCGUGGAGGCCUUCAUUGCAAAGCAUUCCUGAGAUAAUUUAA